AUGGUAGUAGAAUAUUUAGUCAGCAAGGUUCCUUUUUCAGAUCAUAUACCAGUGAUUAAUAAAUUCAGUCCGACUAAGAAACAACCUGGGGCAGAUGGGGAUAAAGAAGAGUCAUCACGAACAAGUUCAAGACUGGCAUCAUCAGGAACUGAUGACGAAGAGUAUUCAGAAAAUGAUGAAAUCAGACCAAUAGAGUUUACCAAUCCUAAAGAUCGAAUUCAUGAAAAAUUGAUGAAUACUAGGAAUAAAGAUAUCAAUGGAUUUGCAGUUGUGGAUGAUGAAAAUAUAUUUGAUACUCCAAGAAAGGGUAACAAUCAUUUAUCGUUUGUUGAUAAUUCUUCAACAAUGACUGUAUCUCAAAGAUUGGCAAGAAGAAAAUCUCGAAAAGUUACUGAUCAAGGUUCACCUGUUUGUUCCACUUUUAGUGGAUCUUCAAAAACGUUAGUUGGAAGUUCAGGAACAAAAGAUGGAGAUGAAGAUUCUGAAGAAGAUAAACAGAAUAGAAUUGAAGAGUAUUUGGAGAAUCAAAAUAACAAGUUUGAUGAACUUAUAUCAAAGAAUAUUGAUGUGGUUUUGAAUCCAGACUCUGAAAAGUCGGAAAAUGAAAAACUUAUCCGAAUGGUAUAUGAUAAUAGAAAACCAAUUAUGCGUACUUUAUAUGAUUUGGGUAAAUCUGAAGUAUCAUCAAGAUUACCAUAUAUUCCAUAUUUCAAUCCAAAGACCAAUAACGAAAAUGAGACAGUAAAGGUUGAGAUCAUGAGUUAUACAGCAGAGACUAAACCUUCAUUGCUUGGAAGUCCAUUUACUGACUACUGUCAGCAAGUUAUAGACAACGAUAGUAAUGAGCCAUUUAUCGAAGAACCUAAUUCUGAUCAACACAAAAAUGAUCAAGAACGUUUUGAUGAAUUGAUGUCUCAUUUAGAUAGUGAGAUUAAAGUAGAUAUUUUCAUUGAUUCGUUAGAGGAUGAAACUAAAGUGAUGUUGUAUGAGCUGUUAAAGCAUGAUUUGAAAGAUUAUCAUCAUGAUGGAGAAUUUAAAAAUCUUUACCAUAGCAAGAACGUUUCUCCUUUGGACAAACUCCAAGUAUUUGUUAUCAUAUCUAUCAAGUUGGUAUUUACAGGAUUGAAAUUAUUUAUUCCAAUUACAAAAUAUUUGAUAUACAAGUUUAAAGAAAAUCAAUUGUAUAUAUUCAACAAAAAGAACAUGGAACGAUUGAUUGAUUUAGUGUUGACUUUUAUGAACUACCUUGAUGCCAAAUUAACCAACAACGAAGAUAUCAUUGACAAAAUGUAUAAACAGGACUAUGUUAAAGCAGAAGAAGUUUACAAUGACUUCACAUCCUACACUACCGAUUUUUUCAAACCAAGUUCAAUUAAAAAAAUGUUGAUAUCUGAAGACGAUCAUGUUGCAGGUAAUGUGUAUGAUUUCAUCGUGGGAAGAAUCACUAGCAAGGAUAAGAAAAGAUAUGCUGAAGAUCCACGAUAUGCCAAGUUUUAUUCUAGUAGAAGACAUAUCAUACCCGAUUCAGAUGAAGUAGAUGCAACGGAAGAAGUAGAACUUGGAACAGAAGAUGAUGAAUAUGAAGAGAAUAAUGGGUUUCGCACGACUGCUAUUUCUGGUAGUGUGAGUGAGAAUUCCAUUUCUAGCGGCACGAGUAGUGCAGGAGAUCCGUCCUUAUUCAAGGCAGCAGAAAAAUUUUUUGAUGAAAUGUGA